AUGGCGGCCGUCGGUAAGAACAAGCGUCUUUCGAAGGGAAAGAAGGGCAUCAAGAAGCGGGUUGUCGACCCCUUCACCCGCAAGGACUGGUACGACCUCAAGGCGCCGUCCAUGUUCGACACCCGCAACGUUGGCAAGACCCUCGUCAACCGUUCGUCGGGUCUCAAGAACGCCAACGACUCGCUCAAGGGCCGCAUCUUUGAGCUGUCGCUCGGCGACCUCAACAAGGACGACGAGCAGACGUUCCGCAAGAUCCAGCUCCGCGUCGAUGACAUCCAGGGCAAGAACUGCCUCACCAACUUCCACGGCAUGGACUUCACCUCGGACAAGCUCCGCUCGCUCGUCCGCAAGUGGCAGACCCUGAUCGAGGCCCAGGUCGACGUCAAGACGACCGACGGCUACCUCGUCCGCAUCUUCACCAUCGGCUUCACCAAGCGUCGCCCGAACCAGGUAAAGAAGACGACGUACGCCCAGUCGGCCCAGGUCCGCGAGAUCCGGAGGAAGAUGUUCGAGGUCGUCCAGCGCGAGUCGACCAGCUGCGACCUCAAGCAGCUCGUCCAGAAGCUCAUCCCCGAGGUCAUGGGCCGCGAGAUCGAGAAGGCGUCGCAGGGCAUCUACCCCCUCCAGAACGUCUUUGUCCGCAAGGUCAAGCUCCUCAAGCAGCCCAAGUUCGACGUCUCGAAGCUCAUGGAGCUGCACUCUGCCUCGACCGAGGCCGAGGUCGGCGCCAAGGUCCAGCGCACCGAGUUCGUCGAGCCGGCCGUCCUCGAGUCGGUCUAA